GAAGAUCUCACGGAGCCAAACCACACCCGCACCAGAGUCGCCCCCACCACGCACGGGAAAACCUCGCAGGCAACCGGCCUCCGCCGCCGCCGCCGCCGCCAUCGAAGCAUCAGAAACAGCCAGAGUAAGAUGUCGUUCCGGGCGCGGGAGAUUUACAAGAAGGUGGUGCGCCGCGUGGGCGGGGAGGGGAAGCUGCCGGCGGAGGUGAUGGACACGGUGAAGAACAUACUCCCGAAUAGCAAGGUCGUCAUGGGCCGGGCCAAGCGCGGCAUCUUCGCCGGCCGCCACAUCCAGUUCGGCAACAAGGUCUCAGAGGACGGCGGCAACAAGUCAAGGCGAAACUGGAAGCCAAACGUUCAGGAGAAACGUCUUUUCAGUUAUAUUCAUGACAGACACAUUAGAGUCAAAGUAACCACUCAUGCACUACGGUGCAUUGACAAAGCUGGCGGGAUCGAUGAAUACCUCCUGAAGACACCUUACAACAAAAUGGAUACUGAGAUGGGAAUAGCCUGGAAGGCAAAGAUUGAGAAGAUGUAUUCAGAGCUAGCUGGGAUGGAAGUUGGCUUCUUCCCUCCCAAGGAAGAGGCUAAGAUAGAGCAGGGUUUCGAGGAGGUUCGAUCGGCCAAGAGAGAGUUCCGCAGCGAAUCAAGAAGGGCUUUGGGUGUGGCAAAGCAGAGUCAGCUAGAAGCAACUAAAGCUGAUGAUGACGAAACAACUGAAGUCGUGGAUACAAAUGAAGAGGUGUCUGAUGUCGCAGAGAAGUCUUAGCUUGGACCUGCGUGCCAUUGUUAAUGAUAAAAAAGGAAGAGAAAUAUUGAUGUCCUUGCAAAACAAUGGAAGGUUUUCAUUUCAUAUAAACAGGGGAGAAUAUCUUGCAAGUCAAAUGACCCCUUUUUCUCAGAACACUGCAGUGUAUCUUAGGCCUAACUGUCAAGGCUACCAUCUACCCGGAGCACAUCUCGGUGUUGCAAUGACUUGUUAAUUUCGUGGAAGUUUUGUACAAGCACUGAAUUCUUAAGUGUCAGGAUUGAGGUGUUCUCUUCUCAAGUCUUUCUAGCCCAUUCAACUGAAAUGUCGAAAUAAUAUAUUCCUGACAGGAUAAACACUUAUCAGCUGGA